AUGAAUAUAGAUAAUAAAGAAAAAAGAAAGAGUGUAUCAUUAUUUGGUAAAGAAAAGACAGAGUUAGAAAAAUUAAAAGAGCAAGAAAAACAAAGAUAUAAAGACGAAAAAAAGAAAGAAAAGGAAUUAGAGAAGAAAUUAAAAGAGGAAAAGGAAAAAGAGGAAAAAGAAACAAAACAAAAAUUGAAAGAGCAAGAAAAGAAAAUACAGAAAGAGUUAGAUUUUGAGGAAAAAGAAAGAAAAAAGCAAAAAGAAAGAGAAAAAGAAGAAAAAAAAAGAAUAGAAAAAGAAUUAAAAAAGCAAAAUAGGAAAUCAAAUAAAUUAACUAGUGGUACAAAUACUGCAACUGCUAGCGAAAUAACCAACACUGAUGAUGUUAGCGAGAUUACCGAUACCUCAACUUACUCAACUAGAUCGAUCGAUUUUGAAGAUCAUUUUGGUACCACAAGCUUAAAAAGUGCACCAGGUAAUUUCUCCACAAACAGCUCUUUAAAAGAAAAAGAUAAAUCCAAAAGGUCAUCAAUUAUCGAUAUUAUGAAAAAGUUGCAUGUGUCAAAUCAUAGUAGCAAUAAUAAUACUUUAGCUGUGGCUGGAAAUCAAAUGAUUAAUAGUAAUAAUAAUAGCAGCUCAGAUACAGAAACUCCACCAAUGGGUACAAGUAAAUCGACACCAACAUCCCCAACCAAAAUUGGUUUUUCUACAAGUUACAAUAGUAAUUUGGGCUCACAGAUGGCUAAAAAUUCACUUUUUCCUUUAGGUCAGCAUAGAGGUAAUCAAGAUGUUUUUACUGGUUCAAGCAGCUUACCAAAUCAAAGUGGACUUCAUUCAUAUUCUGAAAAUGAUAUAACUGAAUCGGAUAACACAUUGUCGAGCGCAACUGCAAAUACUGUUGUAGAGGUUCCAAGCCUAUCAAUCGAUCCACCCUCUGAUAACACUUUAUCAUCUGGGUCAUCAAAUAAUAAUAAUAUCAAUAAUGAUAACAACAAAUCACCAAUCCAACAACAUUUAUUAAAAUCACCACCUAAUACAACAACAUCUCCAUUUAAUGUAUCAACACCAAGUACACCAUCUAAUAAUGAUAACUCACCUACACUUAGCUCAUGUUCAUCUUCACCCACUACAUUUGUUAGUCACUCUCCAUCCUCAAAUUCAAAUGCAUUUUUAUCAAAUAUUAAUCACAAUUUAAAUUUUGAAUCACCAUUAUCAUCACCACCACUUCUUGGCAACAAUAAUAAUAUUUUUAACGAAGAGGUAUCUGCAGAAACAUUACAAAAAUCAUUAAUAUGUAAAAGAAAAAUGGAAGAUUUUUAUAGCUAUCUAUUUGAAUGUGAAAAAAAUUCAAGAUAUAAUCCACUAUUAAAUAAAAGAAAAAUUAGUCAAAAGAAAUCAAUAUUAGAGGACUCUUUAAUAAAUAAAUUAAAAAACAAACCACCAGCAUUCAAAAGCUUUUUAUUUGGCAACCAACAGCCACAAGAUAGUUCAACAACAAAUAAUAGCAAUACUGAAAAUAAUACAAGUUUCCAUAAUCAUAUACUUAAUAAAUUUCAUCGUGAUCAUAAAAGAAGUUAUUCAACAAAUACACCAUCAUCAAACUCAACAACAGCAAAUGAUACCAAUCCGACCAACUCACCAAUUUUAAGUGGAUCAACUCAUCAUGCACAAUCACUUUCAGCAUCGAACCUGGAGUCUGCAAUUUUUGAUUCAGAUUUAAAGAACAAGAGAAAGAGUUUAUUAAAGAGAAAACUUAAUCCCAAUAGACUAUCAUUAACACUAUCUCAUAGUACCAAUAGAAAUAUAUCAAACAAUUUAGAAUCGGUCCCAAAUACAUACAGUAACGAUACAACCAAUAACUCAUCCAAUAAUAGUCCAAAUCUAUCAAGUAGUAAUAGUGGCGCCCCAAAUACAAAGCAACCAUUUAAUAUAUUACCAUCAUUUGAUGGUGGAAGAUUAAAAAAGAUUCAAACCAAUAUUAAGGGUCUAUUUAAUGAUGGUAUUCAAAUGCCAACUAUUCAAAUGCCAUCUUUCCCACAACUAAAAAAGAAAAGAGAUAUAUUUUCAUUUAGUGGCCAUAAAAAGAAAGAUUUUAAUGACAGUAAUAAAUCUGAUUUCAAACGUUCAACAAGUACAUUAUCAAAGAAUAUAAACUCUGUAUUAGAUGCCAUAUCUAUGGAUAAUGAUGAAAUUAGAAGUAGCAGUGAUAGUAUCGCACCUCCAAGACCCAGAAAUAGAGCACUCUCAAAAGCCUAUAGAAAAAUGCUCCAACUCACACCAAAGGUUAUUGAACUCCAUGACAUCACGUUGAUGAGUAACCGUUUAGAAAAUAAAAUAUUACAAAGAGAAAAAGAAUUAGACGAACUAGAAAAGAAAUCCAACCAAUUCAAAAAAGAGCUUUUUGAAAACUAUAAUAAACUUUUGCAGGCAUCUGAUACAUCAAAAGAAUUUGUAAUUGCAAAUCAAGAUAGAUCCUAUCAAAUUCAAUCUCAACUAGAUAAAACCAAACCAUAUAUAGAUUUAACCUAUAACUCCAUAACGAAUUUAUUUGAAAAAUCAAAAAAUUUAGAAAAUACCGUUCAACUUUUAAAAAGAACUAAAAAAACCUCACCAUUAACAGCAUUUCUUUUUAAAUUUUUCAUGAUUUCAUAUUUUACUCAAUUUUUUUAUUCAUUUUUAAAUUUAUUAAAGAAAAACAAUAAUAAUAAUAGUAAUAAUAUAAAUAACAACAGUAACAGUAAUAAUAAUUUUAGUUUAUUAAAUAAUAACAAUAAUAGUAAUAAUAAUUUAGAAUAUUACGAACCAAUAUUCAAUGAUGACUCGAAUAAUUUAAGUAGUGUUAAUAAAAACAAUAAUGUAAAUAGUAAUAAUAAUAAUAAUAAUAAUAAUAUAAAUAAUAGUCAAGAAAAUAUUGAAAACAAUAUUAGCAUUACCACCAAUAUAGACAGUAACCAUUUAAAUAAUUUUAAUAAUACUAAUAACAAAAUUAAAGCAGAUAGUAGUAAUAAAAUUGAUAUAAAUGAAAUGGAUAUUGUCAAACCAUCUAAAAAAGUCCCUACAAUCAAUGUACCCGAUUCAAAUAUCGAUAAAGAUACAGAGGUAUCUCCAAGCUACCACAAUAACAAUAGCAAUAAUAAUAACAAUAAUAAUCAGAAAGUAAUGAAAAUUGCUAAAUUCAAUCUGGAGGCAAUGAGCAAAUCAAUUGCCAAAAUGAGAGAAAUAGAUGACCAAGAUUUUGCAGACUAUUAAAAAACAAAAAUAAAAAUAAAACCAUAUUUAAAUAUGCAUAUGCAUAUGUAAUGUAAUUUAUAUUAUCGUUACC